CAACAGCCAAAGGAACUGUACAUCAGAUGUGCUGCACUGGGGGAACCAGCCUUUGAUGGGUUUGGUUUACACAUUGUUCAACACCUUGAUGAUGUUUAGUUAGAAUUUGGAUUAAGACUGAUUAUGUAGAUACUUUUUGAAAACAAAAAGCAAUCACUGUAUUGUAUUCUUAUUUUACUUUUGAGACAUCAGCUGUUGUAAGGUAAGAUGAAACAUUGAUAGGAUGAGAGGAAUUGUUGCAUUUUACAUAACCUAUCUGAUGUGCGUGAUGUUGGGGAUUGCUUGUGUGGUACUGGUAGCUCACUGGAAUUCUAGCUAUCGAGGUGGGUUUGCGUGGGAUGGCUCAGCCAAGCACUUCAACUGGCACCCUGUCUUUAUGGUCACAGGCAUGGUGGUUCUUUAUGGGAAUGCGGCCGUAGUGUACCGUAUUCCCCUGACAUGGGGUCAGAAUAAGCUACCAUGGAAGCUGUUACAUGCUGGACUUCUGCUCCUGUCCUUCAUUCUGUCUGUUAUCGGGCUUUGUGCAGUGUUUGACUACCACAACACAAACCACACUCCCAACCUCUAUUCUCUCCAUAACUGGGUGGGAAUUUGUACCACUGCAAUCUUGACAGCACAGUGGGUCAUGGGUUUUACUGCAUUCCUUUUACCCUGCACCCCAAUGGCAGCACGUUCUCUUGUAAAGCCAACUCAUGUUUGGAUGGGAGGAAUUAUCUUGGUGUUAAGCAUUGUGUCCUGCAUCUCAGGGAUAAACGAGAAGCUCUUUUUUGCACUAAAAGCAAACACCAGUGGGACGCUGCCUUACUCCAAGUUACCACCAGAGGCAAUAUUGGCAAAUUCUUUGGGAAUCAUCAUUGUGGUGUUCGGAUUGGUUGUUUUGAAAAUCUUAUCCAAUCAGACAUGGCAACGUCCUGAGCCAGGCUAUGAUGAGGGAGUUUACAAGCCCCUGGCAUAUGAUGGAAGCUGAUGCCUGGAAUUCGAAAACUAUAUUUAUGUGCAUUUGGAUUAAUCUGCACUCUUCAGUGGCCCCUGGACCAUUUGUCUUAUUGCUUUGUACUGUUUGGACAGCAUUUACAUCUUUUGCUUUAUGUAUUAUUUCGUACAUUUUGUCGUGCUGCUGUUUUUGUUUGAAAUGGGGUGAGAAAUUAGGCAAAUUAUUAUCAACUGCUGUUUGCUAGAAUUUUGUGCUAAUUUAUUACUUGACAAGUUGUACAAUAUAUGAUUAAAAUAAAUUUGUGAAACAUU